GUGGAAGUCCACGUGGGGAAGAGCAGAGGAGUGUUUUAUCGAAGAGAUGUCAUUUCGAGGAAGAGGUGGUGGUAAUCGGGGUGGAGGCUUCAAUCGUGGUGGUGGUUUCAACAGAGGAGGACGAGGUGGUGGAAGAGGUGGAUUUAGCCGAGGAGGCGGCCGAGGGGGCUUCAACAGAUAUGAUCAAGGACCCCCAGAAAGUGUUGUUAUCCUGGGAGAAUUUAUGCACCCGUGUGAAGAUGACAUUGUUUGCAAAUGUAUAACUCAGGAAAACAAAGUACCUUAUUUCAAUGCACCAGUCUACUUAGAAAAUAAAGAGCAGAUUGGGAAAGUGGAUGAAAUAUUUGGGCAACUCAGGGACUUUUAUUUUUCAGUCAAAUUGUCAGAAAACAUGAAAGCGUCUUCCUUCAAAAAGCUACAGAAGUUUUUUAUUGAUCCAGCAAAAUUGCUUCCUCUGCAAAGGUUUUUGCCAAGGCCUCCUGGUGAGAAAGGACCUCCAAGAGGUGGAAGAGGAGGGCGUGGAGGAGGGAGAGGUGGCGGCAGAGGUGGCAGCAGAGGAAGAGGUGGUUUCCGGGGUGGCAGAGGUGGUGGUGGCGGAUUCAGAGGUGGACGUGGUGGAGGUGGUGGCCGUGGAUUUAGAGGUAGAGGGCGUUAAAUGAAGAUCUGGAAAACUCUGAGCUUCUGGCUUCAUCUACAGGAUG